AUGGCUCAAAGCUCCUUCCUCUUCACCUCUGAGUCUGUCUCAGUGGGACAUCCAGAUAAGAUGUGUGAUCAGAUUUCUGAUGCCGUCUUGGAUGCUCAUUUGGCUGUGGACCCCAAUGCUAUGGUAGCGUGCGAAACCGUCACCAAAACUGGAAUGAUUAUGUUAUGCGGUGAGAUCAGUUCAAAAGCCAAUGUUGAUUACCAAACUUUGGUUAGAAAUGUUGUUAAGAAGAUCGGUUAUGACGAUUCUAGCAAAGGUUUGGUUCUCUUUCCGUGA